UACUGAUUGUUGAUUUGUUCUUGCUGACUGCUGUUGCUUUGAUAAUUUGUAUUCUGCGCGAUGCUAUAGCCACCUUUUAUAUUUUAUAGUGGUGUUGUGUUAGUGCAAGAAAUGCAUUCACUGUGCCCUGUUGUGUGUUAAGUCAAUAAUAAAAUGCUGCAGUGAAUUCAGCAUAGUAAACAAAUACUCUCUCUACGGAAAACUAAAAUUUCAAGUGUUGACAUAAAUUUUCUUCAUCGAAAAUGGAUAAUACAGGAUCGAUUAAUAACGACGAUUGCAUUGAGACCGUAGAAAAUGAGGAGGACGUCGAUUAUUCUGAAGAAAGAGAGUUGGUAAAUGAUUCCUGCUCUACCAAAGUUUUGGAUAACACAGAUAAUCCUCUGGAUAAAUAUCGCAUCGUGUACUUUUUGUUCUACUUAUUUGGAAUAACAUCUCUUGUUCCCUGGAACUUUUUGAUAACUGCUAAUGAUUACUGGAUGUACAAAUUCCGCGAUGUGGAGCCGCACAAUCUCACCAUGGUUGUGCGUAAGACGCAGUUCCAAGCCCAGUUCACGUCUUACCUCAAUGUGGCCACUGCAAUACCCAACUUGGUGUUCCUCAUCUUGAACUCGCUGUAUGGACAUUUGGUGUCCGUACGGAGUCGUUUGAUCGGUUCGCUGACGGUCAUCACCCUGGCCUUCAUCGUGACCACAUCCCUGGUGAUGGUGGACACAGAUGAAUGGCAGAACACAUUCUUCAUUAUAACUAUGGUCACUGUUGUUAUAAUGACUGCCUCCAGUGCAAUAUUCAUUUCUGGCCUAAUGGGCACAGCCAGCAAGUUCUCCAGAGAAUACAUGGCCGCGGUGAUCAGUGGACAGUCCCUCGGCGGAAUAAUCGCAGCCGUUGCUCAAAUCAUAUCCCUCGCCUUCAAAAUAUCGCCUCAACACAGCGCUCUCAUAUACUUCUGUAUAGCCGACUUUAUGGUCAUUACAUCGCUGAUUUCGUACAUAUUCAUGUAUAAAAUAGACUAUUUUACGCAUCAUGUUUUGCGUGGAAACGGCAUGGUGGCCAAUAGGCAUAGAGAGGCGUAUCUAACGAUAGUUCUGAAGAAGGUGUGGGUGUAUGCGUUUAGUAUAUUCGCUGUGUACGGGAUAACUAUGUGUGUGUAUCCGGCUGUCACUGUGUUGGUGGAAUCUCAUCCUACUACGGCAGGGACUGAUUGGAAUAAUAUAUUCUUCGUGCCAGUGGUCAACUAUCUGAUAUUUAAUUGCGGCGAUUACGGCGGCCGACUCGUGGCAGGCUUCUUGCUGAGGCCAAAUAACCAAUGGGUGAUAGCCGCAGCGAGUGUGUUCCGAAUCAUUGGAGUACCCAUGCUGAUGCUGUGCAACGCUCAGCCCCGCAAGCAUUUACCCGUGGUCUUCCUGUGGGACUAUGAAUAUAUCCUGAUCAUGAUAGUCUUCGCAUUCACUAAUGGAUACUUGACUAAUAUCACUAUGGUCAAUUCUACUAGGGUGGUCGACAUGCACGAACGAGAGAAAGCAUCAUCGAUCAUAGUCACAAUGCUUAGCGUUGGGCUCACAGCUGGCGCCUCUGUUGGCAUGUUACUUGUUAGACUAUUGUAAAUAAAUAUAAUACGGGCUUCUUUAUUACUCAGUCAUGUAAAAAAGGGACUGGAAAUGGUAUAACUGUUCUGAACACGCUUUUAUAAGCUUCACCACCAUGUUUGUAUAACCGAUUAAUUUAGACUCGAUUUUGAACCACUUUAAACGUACAGAUUCAAACUUUGUCCACUUAUCAAGGAUCGGUGAAAAUAUAAUAAUUACAUUAGUUUAUCUUAUUGAAGCGUGAUUUUAGUUUUUUAACUAAGUAUAUUUAUUUGAUCUUACGUGUGAGUAAAGACAAAUAGGUUAACCGCCAUUUUGAAUCACUUUUUUAUUUGGUCGAGCUAUAGCUGUCUCUUUCUUUUGUUUUGCAAAAUGUGAGAUGGCGAUAAUUCGAAGAAUAUUAGCUUAAUGUACCAUGACGUGUUGAUUUGUAUUCGUAUAGUUAUCACUAAACUAUUGUUUUUUCUGAAUACAAAUCAACUUAUACAGGGUGAAUUUUUAACAAUGAAAAAAUUUUAAGGGUAGCUUGUAAAUCGUAGUUCUAUUUGAUGAUUUUAUUUUUUGACAUUUUUUUAAAUUUUUUUUUACGACGUAAGUAAUAUUUUAAACUGUAGACUGUGAAUGUUUAAUACAAAUAUAACUACGAUAUGUAUAAAAAUAUUGUAUUUGAUCUCAUAUUAAUAUUUAUAUGGGUUAUUAAAAAUUUACCCUGUGUUCUGUAAAAUGAUAUCCAUUGUUUUAUAUAAGAAAAGGGCUUAGAAAUACUAAGCUUGUUAGUGACACACUAUUUAAACCAUAAUUUUAAUGCAUAAGCACUUAUUAUUAAGAUUUGAUUUAAAAAAUUAUAUAAAUAUAUAUAAGUACAAAUUGCAUACAAUUAAUCAUUUUAUUUGACUCAUAAAAGUUUUAAAGACAACCUAUUUUUGCAGAUUUUGCACGCAAAAAGAACCUACAAUAAUAAUUAAUUAAUUUAGGAUUCAAAUAAUGCGUACCUAUAUUACAAUAUGUAAUCUAUUUAGCUAGAGCUGUGAGAAAUUUUUUGACAUAUAAAUUUAAAAUCUUGCUAGAAAAAAAAUUAAAUAAAAUUUUUUUGUCUCAAAAAUGACUUUAUUAAAAAAAAAACGUAUUUGGAUACGUUAUAAUUACUCAAUCAAUAGAAA